AUGUCUGUUCGAUACAGCUCAAGCAAGCAAUACUCUUCCUCCCGCAGUGGGGGAGGAGGAGGUGGAGGAGGAGGAUCAUCCCACAAAAUUUCGAGCAGCAAAGGCUCCAUUGGUGGAGGAUUUAGCUCAGGGGGGUUCAGCGGUGGCUCUUUUAGUUGUGGGAGCUCUGGUGGAGGCUGCUUUGGGGGCUCAUCAGGUGGCUAUGGAGGAUUAGGAGGAGGUUUUGGUGGGGGUAACUUUGGUGGAGGUAACUUUGGUGGAGGUAACUUUGGUGGAGGCUGUGGAAGCAGCAGCUUUGGUGGGGGCUAUGGAGGAGGCAGCUUUGGAGGUGGCAGCUUUGGUGGGGGCAGUUUUGGUGGGGGCGGCUUCGGUGGAGGCAGCUUUGGAGGCUAUGGGGGUGGAUUUGGAGGAGAUGGUGGACUUCUCUCCGGAAAUGAAAAAGUAACCAUGCAGAAUCUGAAUGACCGCCUGGCUUCCUACUUGGACAAAGUUCGGGCUCUGGAAGAAUCAAACUACGAGCUAGAAGGCAAAAUCAAGGAGUGGUAUGAAAAGUAUGGCAACUCAAGCCAGAGAGAGCGUCAUGACUACAGCAAAUACUACCAAAUCAUCGAAGAUCUUAAACAUCAGAUCCUCCGUCUAACAACUGACAAUGCCAAUAUCCUGCUUCAGAUCGACAACGCCAGGCUGGCAGCUGAUGACUUCAGAUUAAAGUAUGAGAACGAGGUAGCCCUGCGCCAAAGCGUGGAUGCCGACAUCAACGGCCUGCGCAGGGUGCUGGACGAGCUGACCCUGUCCAAGACCGACCUGGAGAUGCAGAUCGAGAGCCUGACUGAAGAGCUGGCCUACCUGAAGAAGAACCAUGAAGAGGAAAUGAAAGACCUUCAAAAUGUAUCCACUGGUGAUGUAAACGUAGAAAUGAAUGCUGCCCCAGGUAUUGAUCUGACUGAACUUCUGAAUAACAUGAGAAACCAAUAUGAACAACUUGCUGAACAAAAUCGCAAAGAUGCUGAAGCCUGGUUCAAUGAAAAGAGCAAGGAACUGACUACAGAAAUCAAUAGUAACAUUGAACAAAUGUCCAGCUACAAAUCUGAGAUUACUGAAUUGAGACGAACAGUUCAAGCUCUGGAAAUCGAACUACAGUCCCAACUAGCCCUGAAACAAUCCCUGGAAUCCUCGUUGGCAGAAACAGAAGGUCGGUACUGCCUGCAGCUCUCACAGAUUCAGGGCCAGAUCUCCUCUCUGGAGGAACAACUCCAGCAGAUUCGAGCCGAAACCGAGUGCCAGAAUGCUGAGUACCAACAACUCCUGGACAUUAAGAUCCGACUGGAGAAUGAAAUUCAAACCUACCGCAGCCUGCUAGAAGGAGAAGGAAGGUGA